AUGUUGUUGCGGCGAGCGGCUCUCCCUUCGUGGCGUCCGCUGUGCUGCGCCACCCUCCGGCUGGGCGUGCGGUGUGCCACAGCGACGGGUCCCCCGUCUCCCGUGAAUGUUGAGACCUUCACGCUCAACGAGGAUGUUGUCAAGAAGGAUAUGGAGGCGCUGCAGCGGUGGAAUGAUCUGUCGCAGACGAUUGACGCGUCCCGCAUGGGGAAGCGGUACGACGAGGUUGUUGCCGCCGUGGAGAAGGGGUUGGAGAUGCUGGGGGAGAUGGGUGCGCUGAAUGCCCCCAUCCAAUGUGAAACACUGUUGCUGCUGGAGGCGGCGCAGGCACAUUACAACAUGCAGCAGUUCGCGCCGGCCCUGGCUAAGGCGGAAAAAGCGAAGAACUCGCUGCUCACGGCGCCCCCGGCUCUGCGGGACGCCGCCCAGCUGGCGGAAGUCAAUCAGUUGAUUGCCUACAUUCACCUGGAGAGUGGCAGGGCAGAAAAGGCCAAUGAUGUCUUCACGGAGGUGCUGCGCUGGAUCGACGUGGAUGCGAAGUCGGCUAUGCCGAUGCAGGCAGUGGCUGCUGUGAACAUGCGCCGGUCGAUCGUUACAGGGAUCGGUCUGUGCUAUCAUCGGCUUGCCGAGAAGGAUGUCGCGUCGGGAGGCGACGGUAAGGAUAUGUACGGCAAGGCGCUUGAUCUGCUGAUUGAGGCGCUUAACAUCCACAUUGACGAGAACGACUUCAACUCCGUCAAGUCGACGCUGUCAAGUGUGCUGAAAUGCUUCGAGGGUGUCGGCGACGCCGCUCAGGCGGUGUCCACUGGUGAGAAGUACGUCAGCUGGUGCCGCCGCCAUAACGAUGAGGAGGGUGCCGCCCAGGGCGCCGCGUGGCUGCGGGAGCUUCACGAGAAGUACCCCACCGCGGCUAACACUACCACCAAGUGA